CGCGGGGCAUCUUCUUAACUGGUGUGGCCAGUCGGUCGGCCUAGGGAAGAGAGGGUCGGCUUGUGGCGGAACCACUGAGCUAAAUUCCUGACUGGGCAGAGUGAUUUGAGCAACCACAUCUCAACUUGGUUUCACCUGCACAAUGUCAAGCAAAGCUGAGAAAAAGCGGAAGGUGACUAACCGGGUAGGCCCCCGGACACCCAGGGAGGUGCAAGCCGCUCAGCCCACCCUGGACACACAGGCUACUGAGAGCAUCCUGUCUGCCACUGAGCCUGAGUCUGAGCCUGAGCUGCCCAAGGAGGAGACUGUGCUAAUAGUGACGGAACCUGAAGUACCAGAAGAGGAAGUGGAGGAGCUCGAGGUGGAUGUGAAGCCCCUUUUCCUUUCCCGAGCUGUGCUCACAGGCCUGGCAGAUGCUGUGUGGACAGAGGAGCAUGAUGCCAUUCUGAAACAAUUCGCCCAGGACCCCCUGGAAUCCAUCCUCACCAUCUUCAUUGACCCCUGUUUUGGGCUGAAGCUGGAACUGGGUAUGCCUAUACAGACUCAGAAUCAGCUGGUCUACUUCAUUCGCCAAACACCGGUCCUCAUCACCCCAGAGAACUUCGAGGCGACAGUACAGUUUGGGACAGUCCGGGGUGCCUACAUCCCAGCCCUGCUUCGACUGCUCAGUGGUAUUUAUGCCCCUCAGAUUUUUACAGACACAACCUGGCCGGAGAGCAUUCGGAAUCAUUUUACUUCCCAUCUGCACAAGUUCUUGGCCUGCCUGACAGACACACGUUACAAACUGGAGGGGCACACCGUUCUCUACAUCCCCGCGGAGACUGAGAACAUGAAGCCUCAGGUGGUAGUAAAGGACAAAGAGCUGGUGCAGCGGCUAGAAACCUCCAUGAUCCACUGGACCCGGCAGAUAAAGGAGGUUCUCAGUGCCCAGGAGACUGUGGAGACAGGAGAAAAUUUGGGCCCUCUGGAGGAGAUUGAGUUCUGGCGCAACCGCUGCAUGGACCUGUCUGGCAUCAGCAAACAACUGGUGAAGAAGGGUGUGAAGCAUAUUGAAUCCAUCUUGCGCCUGGCUAAGUCAUCCUACCUGCUGCCCUUUAUGAAACUGGCUCAGCAGAUCCAGGAUGGCUCUGGUCAAGCGCAGUCGAACCUGACCUUCUUGUCAAUCCUGAAGGAACCUUACCAGGAACUGGCUUCCGUGCACCCUAAGGACAUCUCCAGCAAGCUCCCCAGGCUGAUCAGUCUCAUCCGCAUCAUCUGGGUCAACUCUCCCUACUACAAUACAAGGGAGAGGCUGACCUCCCUCUUCCGAAAGAUGAGCAAUGAGAUUAUCCGUUUAUGCUGUCAUGCCAUCUCCCUGGACCGGAUCUUUGAGGGAUAUGUCUCUUCCAGCAAGGAGGACCUCCAAGGCUGCAUUUCUUGUUGCCAUGCUUGGAAAGAUCACUACCUGCGGGCUGUACAGAUGCAUACUCAGUUUUCCAGUCGGGGAUGGGUCCUAGACCAGACCAGCAUAUUUGCUCAGGUUGAUGCUUUUGUGCAGCGCUGCAAGGACCUGAUUGAGGUAUGCGACUGUCAGUACCACUUUGCCCGUUGGGAAGAUGGCAAGCAAGGUCCCCUUCCUUGCUUCUUUGGUGCCCAGGGGCCACAGAUCACACAAAACUUGCUAGAAAUUGAAGAUAUCUUUCAUAAAAAUUUGCACAUGCUGCGAGCUGUCCGCGGAGGCAUCCUGGAUGUCAAGAAUACCUCCUGGCAUGAAGACUAUAAUAAAUUCCGCACUGGAGUCAAGGACCUGGAAGUGAUGACCCAGAACUUGAUCACCUCAGCCUUUGAGUUAGUUCGUGAUGUGGAGCAUGGGGUGCUGCUGCUGGACACCUUCCACAGGCUGGCGACCCGGGAGGCCAUCAAGCGAACAUACGACAAGAAGGCAGUUGAUCUGUACAUGCUGUUCAAUAGUGAACUGGCCCUUGUGAAUCGUGAGCUAAACAAGAAGUGGCCGUAUCUGGAGCCCUACAUGGGCCAGUAUUCAGGACAGGCACACUGGAUGCGGAUCCUCCGGCGGCGCAUAGACAGAGUCAUGAAUUGCCUUUCUAGUGCCCAUUUCCUGCCCCAUAUUGGGACUGGAGAGGAAAGUGUACACACCUACCAGCAGAUGGUUCAGGCCAUUGAUGAACUGGUUCGAAAAACCUUCCAAGAAUGGACAUCAACACUGGACAAGGACUGCAUUCGGCGGCUGGACAUCCCUUUGUUACGGAUCAGCCAGGAGAAGGCGGGCAUGCUGGAUGUCAACUUUGACAAGUCCCUUUUGAUUCUCUUUGUGGAGAUUGACUACUGGGAAAGGCUGCUAUUUGAGAUUCCUCAUUAUGUGGCAAAUGUAGCUGAGCGAGGGGAGGACUUGCGCGUCCUGAGGGAGAAUCUGCUACUUGUUGCUCGAGACUACAAUAGGAUUAUUGCCAUGCUGUCCCAAGAUGAACAGGCCCUGUUCAAAGAACGUAUCCGAUUCCUGGAUAAGAAGAUCCACCCUGGCCUAAAGAAGCUAAAUUGGGCCUUGAAGGGGGCCAGCGCCUUCUUCAUCACAGAGUGCCGCAUACAUGCCAGCAAGGUGCAGAUGAUUGUGAAUGAUUUCAAGGCCUCCACUCUGACCAUUGGCUGGCGGGCCCAAGAGAUGUCAGAAACACUGCUGGUUCGUAUUAGUGGCAAACGAGUGUACAGGGACCUGGAGUUUGAGAAAGACCAAAGAGAACAUCGGGAAGGUGUACAGCAGAAAUUGGUAAAACUACACCAGGAUGUGGUAAACAUCAUGACCAACUCCUACGAAGUCUUCAAGAAUGAUGGCCCUGAGAUUCAGCAGCAGUGGAUGUUGUACACGAUUCGGCUGGACCGCAUGAUGGAGGAUGCCUUGCGCCUGAAUGUGAAGUGGUCACUGCUGGAGUUGUCCAAGGCCAUCAACGGGGAUGGGAAGACCACUCCCAACCCACUUUUCCAAGUUCUUGUCAUUUUGCAAACUGAUGUGCAGGGAGGUGGGGCACAGGUGGAAUUCUCACCCACCCAGCAGACUCUCGCAGGUGUGGUCAAUGACAUUGGCAGUCACCUUAUUUCUACCAUUUCUGUCUUCCGCCACCUUCCUGACAUCCUUAUGAAGCGCAAGGUGCAACGGGAACCCAUCCAUAUAAUUGUGGAGCGAGAUGAGGACAUCAAGAAGAUCCAGGCCCAGAUCAGCAGUGGCAUGACCAACAAUGCAAGCCUGUUGCAGAACUACCUCAAGACCUGGGAUAUGUACCGGGAAAUCUGGGAGAUCAACAAAGACUCCUUCAUCCGUCGCUACCAGCGCCUCAACCCUCCUGUCUCUUCUUUUGAUGCUGACAUUGCCCGCUACACAGAGGUGGCUAACAAUGUGCAGAAGGAAGAGACGGUCCUCAACAUCCAGUUUGUGCUGCUGGAUUGUUCACACCUCAAAUUCUCGCUGGUGCAGCACUGCAAUGAGUGGCAGAAUAAAUUCACAACUCUGCUCAAGGAGAUGGCAGCAAAACACCUGCUGGAGCUGCACAACUAUCUACAGGAGAAUGGAGAGAAAAUCAGCCACCCUCCCCAGACACUGGAGGAACUGGGGGUCAGUUUGCAGCUCAUGGAUACCCUUCAGCACGAUUUGCCUGACCUGGAGACCCAAAUCCCACGCAUCCAUGAGCAGUUCACCAUUCUGGAGAAGUAUGAGGUGCCAGUUCCAGAAAAUGUACUGGAAAUGCUGGACAGACUCAAUGGGGAGUGGGUCAUCUUCCAACAAAUUCUGCUGGACAGUGAACAAAUGCUGAAGAAACACAAGGAGAAAUUCAAGACGGGCCUUAUUCUCUCUGCUGAUGACUUUAAGAAGAAAGCACACAACCUGCUGGAAGAUUUUGAGUUAAAAGGCCCCUUCACCAGCACGGUGGGCCACAUGGCUGCCCUGGAGCAGAUUGCACAGGUGCGGGCCAUGCUGAUGGCUAUGCGGGAGGAAGAGAACAGUCUCCGCUCGAACCUGGGCAUCUUCAAGAUUGAGCAGCCGGCCUCCAAAGACCUCCAGAGCCUGGAGAAGGAGCUCGAUGCACUCCAGCAAAUGUGGGAGAUCACUCGGGACUGGGAGGAGAACUGGAACCAGUGGAAGACUGGCCGCUUCCUGACUCUGCAGACGGAGGCCAUGGAGACCAUGGCCCAUGGGCUGUUUCGCCGCCUCACAAGACUAGCCAAAGAGUAUAAGGACCGAAACUGGGAAAUUAUUGAAACCACUCGAUCUAAAAUAGAGCAGUUCAAGAGAACCAUGCCCCUCAUCUCAGACCUGCGGAAUCCUGCCCUUAGGGAGAGGCACUGGGACCAGGUCAGGGAUGAAAUCCAGAGGGUGUUUGAUCAGGAAUCUGAAAGCUUCACCCUGGAGCAGAUUGUGGAGCUUGGAAUGGGUCAGCAUGUAGAAAAAAUUGGGGAGAUCUCUGCCUCAGCAACCAAAGAGCUGGCCAUAGAAUUGGCAUUACAGAACCUUGCCAAGACCUGGGAUGUGACUCAGCUAGACAUAGUACCCUACAAAGAUAAGGGCCAUCACCGCCUAAGAGGUACAGAAGAGAUAUUCCAGACCCUGGAAGAUAACCAGGUAGCUCUGUCAACCAUGAAGGCAUCACGUUUUGUCAAGGCCUUUGAGAAGGAUGUGGACCACUGGGAGCGUUGUCUGUCCCUUAUUUUGGAGGUUAUUGAGAUGGUGCUCACUGUGCAGCGUCAAUGGAUAUACCUAGAGAAUAUCUUCCUAGGAGAGGACAUCCGCAAGCAGCUGCCCAAUGAAUCAGCCUUAUUUGACCAGGUCAACAAUAACUGGAAAUCCAUCAUGGACCGAAUGAGCAAAGACAACAAUGCUCUCCGGAGUACCCACUACCCAGGCCUUCUGGAUAUAUUGAUAGAAAUGAACACAAUCUUGGAGGAUAUUCAGAAGUCUCUGGAUAUGUAUUUAGAGACCAAGCGCCAUAUUUUCCCUCGCUUCUACUUCUUGUCCAAUGAUGACCUGCUGGAGAUUCUGGGCCAGUCUCGCAACCCAGAAGCUGUGCAGCCACAUCUCAAAAAAUGUUUUGACAACAUCAAAUUGCUGAGAAUCCAGAAGAUGGGAGGGCCCAGCAGCAAGUGGGAAGCUGUGGGAAUGUUCUCAGGGGACGGGGAGUAUAUUGACUUCUUCCAUCCAGUACUCUUAGAAGGGCCUGUGGAGUCCUGGCUUGGGGAUGUGGAACGGGCCAUGAGGGUGACCCUGCGAGACCUUCUUCGGAACUGCCGCCUGGCACUCAAGAAAUUCCUUAACAAGAGGGACAAGUGGGUGAAGGAGUGGGCUGGCCAGAUGGUGAUCACAACCAGUCAGAUCCAAUGGACAGCUGAUGUAACCAAGUGCCUGUUGACAGCUAAGGAGAGGGCUGACAAGAAAAUCCUCAAGGUCAUGAAGAAGAAGCAGGUUUCAGUACUGAAUAAGUAUUCAGAAGCCAUCAGGGGAAACUUGACCAAAAUCAUGCGGCUUAAAAUUGUGGCUCUAGUGACAAUAGAAAUUCAUGCUCGAGAUGUGUUGGAAAAGCUUUACAAGAGUGGCCUCAUGGAUGUCAAUUCCUUUGACUGGCUCAGCCAGCUUAGGUUCUACUGGGAGAAGGAUCUCGAUGACUGCGUGAUCUGCCAGACCAACACACAGUUCCAGUAUGGCUAUGAGUACCUGGGAAACUCUGGCCGGCUGGUCAUCACCCCUCUGACGGACAGAUGUUACAUGACACUGACGACGGCUUUGCACUUACAUCGAGGGGGCUCCCCCAAAGGCCCAGCAGGCACUGGGAAGACAGAGACUGUCAAGGACUUGGGCAAGGCCCUGGGCCUUUAUGUCAUCGUGGUCAACUGCUCUGAGGGCCUGGACUAUAAAUCCAUGGGCCGAAUGUAUUCAGGCUUGGCCCAGACAGGAGCCUGGGGCUGCUUUGAUGAAUUUAACCGUAUCAACAUCGAGGUGCUGUCAGUGGUGGCCCAGCAGAUCCUGUCCAUCCUCUCUGCCUUGGCUGCCAGCCUCACCCGCUUCUAUUUUGAGGGCUUUGAAAUAAAUCUGGUGUGGUCUUGUGGGAUCUUCAUUACCAUGAAUCCUGGCUAUGCUGGCCGCACAGAGCUUCCUGAAAAUCUUAAAUCCAUGUUCCGUCCCAUUGCCAUGGUGGUGCCUGAUUCUACCCUUAUUGCAGAAAUCAUUCUCUUUGGGGAGGGCUUUGGCAACUGCAAGAUCCUUGCCAAGAAGGUGUACACCCUCUACUCACUGGCUAUGCAGCAGCUCUCCAGACAGGACCAUUAUGAUUUCGGCCUCCGCGCCCUCACCUCCCUUGUACGCUACGCUGGCAAAAAGCGCCGCCUACAGCCAGAUCUGACCGAUGAAGAGGUUCUGCUGCUCUCAAUGAGAGAUAUGAAUAUUGCUAAGCUAACCUCAAUCGAUGUGCCACUGUUCAACGCCAUUGUGCAAGAUCUUUUCCCCAGCAUUGAGCUGCCAGUCAUUGACUAUGGCAAGCUGCAGGAGACUAUUGAGCAGGAGAUUCGAGAUCGAGGCCUGCAAAGCACACCCUUCACCCUCACCAAGGUUUUCCAGUUGUAUGAAACCAAGAACUCCCGUCACUCUACCAUGAUAGUGGGCAACUCGGGCAGCGGCAAGACAACCUGCUGGCGCAUCCUGCAGGCCUCCUUGUCCUCCUUGUGCCGCGCUGGAGACCCCAACUUCAACAUUGUUAGAGAAUUCCCAUUGAACCCUAAGGCACUCUCCCUAGGGGAGUUAUAUGGAGAAUAUGACCUCAACACUAACGAAUGGACAGAUGGCAUUUUGUCCAGUGUCAUGCGGAUGGCAUGUGCAGAUGAGAAACCUGAUGAGAAAUGGAUCCUUUUUGAUGGCCCUGUGGACACACUGUGGAUCGAGAGCAUGAAUUCUGUCAUGGAUGACAACAAAGUGCUGACCCUGAUCAAUGGAGAGCGCAUUUCAAUGCCUGAGCAGGUGUCUCUCCUGUUUGAAGUGGAGAACCUGGCAGUGGCCUCCCCGGCCACUGUCUCUCGCUGCGGGAUGGUCUACACUGACUAUGUAGACCUGGGAUGGAAGCCCUAUGUUCAGUCAUGGCUAGAGAAGAGGCCAAAGAACGAGGUAGAGCCCCUUCAACGCAUGUUUGAAAAGUUCAUCAGCAAGAUCCAAGCCUUUAAAAAAGACAACUGCAAUGAGCUGGUGCCCCUCCCUGAGUACAGUGGCAUCAUCUCCCUUUGUAAGCUGUACUCAGCCCUGGCCACGCCAGAGAAUGGGGUGAACCCAGCUGAUGGUGAGAACUAUACAACUAUGAUAGAAAUGACAUUUGUGUUCAGCAUGAUCUGGUCUGUGUGCGCCUCUGUGGAUGAGGAUGGCCGCAAGAAGAUCGAUAGUUACCUUCGUGAAAUUGAGGGUUCCUUUCCCAAUAAGGACACAGUGUACGAGUAUUUUGUAGACCCCAAGAUGCGGAGUUGGACAUCAUUUGAGGAGAAACUUCCCAAGAGUUGGCGUUAUGCUCCAAACGCCCCCUUCUAUAAAAUCAUGGUGCCCACUGUCGACACUGUUCGCUACAAAUACCUAGUGAACACCUUGGUGGCCAGCCACAACCCCAUCCUGCUGGUGGGUCCUGUGGGGACUGGAAAGACCUCCAUAGCACAAAGCGUUCUGCAGUCCUUGCCCUCCAGUCAGUGGUCAGUGCUCACUGUCAACAUGUCUGCACAGACCACAUCCAACAAUGUACAGAGCAUCAUCGAGAGCAGGGUGGAGAAGCGAACCAAGGGUGUCUAUGUGCCAUUUGGGGGCAAAAGCAUGAUCACCUUUAUGGAUGAAUUUAAUAUGCCAGCUAAGGACAUGUUUGGAUCCCAGCCACCCCUGGAGCUGAUCCGCCUCUGGAUUGACUAUGGCUUCUGGUAUGAUCGUACAAAGCAGACCAUCAAGUACAUUCGAGAUAUGUUCCUGAUGGCUGCCAUGGGCCCUGCUGGAGGUGGUCGGACUGUCAUCUCCCCGAGGCUACAAAGUCGCUUCAACCUCGUCAACAUGACCUUCCCCACCGAGUCCCAGAUCAUUCGAAUAUUUGGCACCAUGAUCAACCAGAAGCUUCAGGACUUCGAAGAAGAGGUAAAGCCUAUUGGGAACAUAGUGACAGAGGCCACCUUAGAUGUGUAUAAUACAGUGGUACAACGCUUCCUCCCCACGCCUGCCAAGAUCCACUACCUCUUCAACCUUCGUGACAUCUCCAAGGUGUUCCAAGGCAUGCUUAGAGCUAACAAGGAUUUCCAUGAUACCAAGGCCAGCAUAACACGACUCUGGAUUCAUGAGUGCUUCAGAGUCUUCUCUGACCGACUGGUUGAUGCGACAGACAUGGAAGCCUUUGUGGGCAUCAUAAGCGAUAAACUCGGCUCCUUCUUUGACCUCACAUUUCAUAACCUCUGUCCAAACAAACGUACUCCUAUCUUUGGGGACUUCCUGAAGGAGCCAAAGGUUUAUGAAGACCUGACAGAUCUGAUGGUGCUGAAGACAGCCAUCGAGACUGCCCUAAAUGAAUACAACCUGUCUCCCUCUGUGGUGCCAAUGAAGCUGGUGCUCUUCCGAGAGGCCAUUGAACACAUUACACGGAUCGUUCGGGUGAUUGGACAGCCUCGGGGCAACAUGCUCUUGGUGGGUAUUGGAGGCAGUGGGCGACAGAGCCUGGCCCGCCUGGCAUCAUCCAUCUGUGAAUAUGACACCUUCCAGAUCGAGGUCACCAAACACUAUCGAAAGCAGGAGUUCCGAGAUGAUAUCAAGCGUCUGUAUCGCCAUGCUGGGGUAGAGCUCAAGACCACGUCCUUCCUUUUUGUGGAUACCCAGAUUGCUGAUGAAUCCUUCCUAGAGGAUAUUAACAACAUCCUCAGCUCAGGCGAGGUCCCUAAUCUCUAUAAGGCUGACGAAUUUGAAGAGAUACAGACGCUCAUCAUAGAGCAGGCCAGGGCUGAGCAGGUCCCUGAAUCCUCAGACAGCCUCUUCACCUACCUGAUUGAGCGUGUGCGGAACAACCUGCACAUCGUGCUCUGCCUCAGCCCUGUGGGGGACCCCUUCAGGAACUGGAUCCGCCAGUACCCAGCCUUGGUGAACUGCACAACCAUCAACUGGUUCUCAGAGUGGCCCCGCGAGGCCCUACUAGAAGUGGCUGAGAAGUACCUCGCGGGCGUGGACCUGGGAACGCAGGAGAAUGUCCACAAGAAAGUGGCCCAGAUCUUUGUCACCAUGCACUGGUCAGUGGCUCAGUAUUCCCAGAAAAUGCUGUUGGAGCUUCGAAGAUACAACUAUGUCACACCCACCAACUACCUGGAACUCGUGUCUGGAUAUAAGAAGCUGCUGGGAGAAAAACGGCAGGAACUGCUGGAUCAGGCCAAUAAGCUGCGGACAGGACUGUUUAAGAUCGAUGAAACUAGGGAAAAGGUGGAAGUGAUGUCCUUGGAGCUGGAGGAUGCCAAGAAAAAGGUGGCCGAGUUCCAGAAACAGUGCGAGGAGUACCUGGUCAUCAUUGUGCAGCAGAAGCGGGAGGCAGAUGAACAGCAAAAGGCAGUAACAGCCAACAGCGAAAAGAUUGCCAUUGAGGAAGUCAAGUGUCAGGCAUUGGCUGACAAUGCCCAGAAGGAUCUAGAGGAGGCACUGCCUGCUCUGGAAGAGGCCAUGCGGGCCCUAGAGUCACUGAACAAGAAAGAUAUAGGUGAGAUCAAGUCCUAUGGACGACCCCCUGCUCAAGUGGAGAUGGUGAUGCAGGCAGUCAUGAUUCUUCGGGGCAAUGAGCCCACAUGGACAGAGGCCAAACGACAGCUAGGGGAACAGAACUUCAUCAAGUCACUAAUCCACUUUGAUAAAGAUAACAUCUCGGAUAAGGUACUGAAGAAGAUUGGAGCCUACUGUGCCCAGCCAGACUUCCAACCUGAUAUCAUAGGCCGCGUCUCCCUGGCUGCCAAGUCUCUCUGCAUGUGGGUGCGGGCCAUGGAGCUGUAUGGGCGUCUGUAUCGAGUGGUGGAGCCCAAGCGUGCUCGAAUGAAUGCUGCCCUGGCCCAGCUUCAGGAAAAGCAAGCAGCCCUCGCCGAAGCCCAGGAAAAGCUGCGGGAGGUGGCGGAAAAACUGGAGAUGUUGAAGAAGCAGUAUGAUGAGAAGCUGGCACAAAAGGAAGAGCUCCGCAAGAAGUCUGAAGAAAUGCAGCUGAAGCUGGAGCGAGCUGGGAUGCUGGUGUCGGGCUUAGCUGGCGAGAAGGCCCGAUGGGAGGAGACCGUAAAGGGCCUGGAGGAGGAUCUUGGCUACCUGGUAGGAGACUGUCUUCUGGCAGCUGCCUUCCUGUCCUACAUGGGACCCUUCUUGACCAACUACCGGGAUGAGAUUGUCAACCAAAUCUGGAUCAGGAAGAUCCGGGAGCUUCAGGUUCCUUGCUCACCUCACUUCACCAUUGAUAAUUUCCUGUCCAAUCCUACCAGAGUUCGGGACUGGAAUAUCCAGGGGUUGCCUUCAGAUGCCUUCUCCACUGAAAAUGGCAUAAUUGUCACCCGUGGCAACAGGUGGGCCCUCAUGAUUGACCCUCAGGCCCAGGCCCAGAGAUGGAUCAAGAGCAUGGAAGGAAACCAGGGCCUGAAGAUCAUUGACCUGCAGAUGAGCGAUUACCUUCGAAUCCUAGAACAGGCCGUCCAGUUCGGAUACCCAGUGCUGCUCCAGAAUGUGCAGGAAUAUCUGGACCCCACACUCAACCCUGUGCUCAACAAGUCUGUGGCUCAUAUUGGUGGCCAGCUGCUGAUGCACAUUGGAGACAAGGAGGUGGAAUAUAACACCAAUUUUCGUUUCUAUAUCACCACCAAGCUCUCCAAUCCCCACUACAGCCCAGAGACCUCAGCCAAGACCACCAUUGUAAACUUUGCUGUUAAAGAACAGGGCCUGGAAGCCCAACUGCUGGGCAUUGUGGUACGGAAGGAACGGCCUGAGCUGGAGGAACAGAAGGAUUCACUGGUCAUCAAUAUUGCUGCUGGCAAGAGGAAGCUCAAGGAACUGGAGGACGAGAUCCUCCGGCUGCUGAAUGAGGCCACAGGCUCCCUGCUAGAUGAUGUGCAGCUGGUGAACACCCUGCAGACAUCCAAGAUAACUGCCAGUGAGGUGACUGAGCAGCUGGAGACCAGUGAGACCACAGAGAUCAACAUUGACAUGGCCCGUGAGGCUUACCGCCCAUGUGCCCAGCGUGCAUCAGUACUGUUCUUCGUGCUCAAUGACAUGGGCUGCAUUGAUCCCAUGUACCAGUUCUCACUGGAUGCCUACAUCAGCCUCUUCAUCCUCAGCAUUGACAAGAGCCAUCGCAGCAAUAAGCUGGAGGAUCGCAUUGACUACCUGAAUGACUACCACACCUAUGCUGUGUACAGGUACACCUGCCGCACCCUUUUUGAAUGCCACAAACUGCUCUUCAGUUUUCAUAUGUGCGCCAAGAUCCUGGAGACCUCUGGCAAGCUCAACAUGGACGAGUACAACUUCUUUCUGCGUGGGGGUGUGGUCCUGGAUCGGGAGGGUCAGAUGGACAACCCGUGCACUAGUUGGCUAGCAGAUGCCUAUUGGGAUAACAUCACAGAGCUGGACAAACUGACCAACUUCCAUGGGCUCAUGAACUCCUUCGAGCAGUACCCCCGGGACUGGCACAUGUGGUACACCAACGCCGCCCCAGAGAAGGCCAUGUUGCCAGGUGAGUGGGAAAAUGCCUGCAAUGAAAUGCAACGGAUGCUGAUUGUGCGCUCCCUGCGUCAGGACCGGGUGUCAUUCUGUGUGACCUCUUUCAUCGUCUCCAAUCUUGGCUCCCGCUUCAUUGAGCCACCCGUGCUAAACAUGAAGCUGGUGAUGGAGGACUCAACGCCACAAACCCCACUCAUAUUCAUCCUGUCCCCUGGCGUGGACCCCACCAGUGCCCUGCUCCAGCUGGCAGAGCACACAGGCAUGGCCCAGCGCUUCCACGCCCUCUCCCUUGGCCAGGGGCAGGCCCCCAUUGCUGCUCGACUCCUCAGAGAUGGUGUGGCUAAGGGACAUUGGGUAUUCCUGGCAAACUGCCAUCUGUCCCUGUCUUGGAUGCCCAACUUGGACAAGUUGGUGGAGCAACUACAGGUGGAGGACCCUCACCCUUCCUUCCGCCUCUGGCUCAGCUCUAGCCCCCACCCCGACUUCCCUAUCUCAAUCCUGCAGGCCAGCAUCAAGAUGACCACAGAACCGCCAAAGGGCCUAAAGGCCAACAUGACGCGUCUUUACCAACUGAUGUCAGAACCACAGUUUACCCGCUGCUCCAAACCUGCCAAAUAUAAGAAGCUGCUGUUUGCGCUCUGUUUCUUCCAUUCUAUAUUACUUGAACGCAAAAAGUUCCUGCAGCUUGGCUGGAACAUUAUCUAUGGCUUCAAUGACUCAGACUUUGAGGUAUCGGAGAACCUGCUGAGCCUCUAUCUGGAUGAGUAUGAAGAGACUGCCUGGGAUGCACUGAAGUACCUCAUUGCUGGCGUAAACUACGGUGGACAUGUCACUGAUGACUGGGACAGGCGCCUGCUCACCACCUACAUCAAUGACUAUUUCUGUGACCAGGCUCUGUCAACUCCUUCCUACCGGUUGUCAGCACUGGAGACUUACUUUAUCCCCAAGGAUGGGAGCCUGGCCUCUUACAAGGAAUAUAUCAGCUUGUUGCCCAGCAUGGACCCCCCUGAGGCCUUUGGCCAGCACCCCAAUGCUGAUGUGGCCUCUCAGAUAACUGAGGCACGAACUCUAUUUGAGACUCUGCUUUCCCUGCAACCUCAGAUCACACCUACCAGGGCUGGGGGCCAGAGCCGUGAAGAGAAGGUUCUUGAACUGGCUGCUGAUGUGAAGCAGCAAAUCCCUGAGAUGAUUGAUUAUGAGGGGACCCGAAAACUGCUGGCUCUCGAUCCCUCCCCCCUCAAUGUGGUCCUCCUGCAGGAGAUCCAAAGAUACAACAAGCUGAUGGAGACAAUCCUGUUGUCACUGACAGACCUCGAGAAGGGCAUCCAGGGCCUCAUUGUCAUGUCGACCAGCCUGGAAGAGAUUUUCAAUUGCAUCUUUGAUGCCCAUGUUCCUCCACUCUGGGGAAAGGCAUAUCCCUCUCAGAAGCCACUGGCUUCAUGGACCCGGGACCUGGCCAUGCGUGUGGAGCAGUUUGAGCUGUGGGCCAGUCGAGCCCGGCCUCCUGUGAUCUUCUGGCUCUCUGGCUUCACCUUUCCCACCGGAUUCCUCACUGCCGUAUUGCAGUCUUCAGCUCGCCAAAACAAUAUUUCAGUGGACAGCCUCUCCUGGGAGUUUAUUGUUUCCACUGUGGAUGAUAGCAACCUAGUGUAUCCACCAAAGGAUGGUGUUUGGGUUCGGGGCCUAUACCUGGAAGGUGCUGGCUGGGACCGGAAGAACUCCUGCUUGGUGGAGGCAGAGCCCAUGCAACUGGUCUGUCUCAUGCCCACCAUUCACUUUCGUCCUGCAGAGAGCCGCAAAAAGAGUGCCAAGGGCAUGUACUCGUGUCCUUGCUAUUACUAUCCCAACCGGGCAGGCAGCGCAGAUCGAUCCUCCUUUGUCAUCGGCAUUGACCUCCGUUCUGGGGCUAUGGCAUCUGAUCACUGGAUCAAGAGGGGUACUGCUCUACUCAUGAGCCUGGACAACUGAGGAGGCCUCCUUUUCUUCUUUGCUUGAGGGAGAGUCAGGGACUCUAGGAGCUAAGGCUCUUUGGACUAAGACUGGAUCUCAUUUAGGCUUGUGAUGCCCAGUGGUGAUAGCCAUAACUGAACGUUACAUAACGUUGGAAGAGUUAUAUUGGGGGUUGGGGACAUUAAAACACCUGUGACCACAAGCCCCAAGUCUUUUAGUGAAAUGGUGAUGAUUAGGGAGAGAAAGAAGCCUGGGACACACAUAAGACUGGAACUACCGAUGAGCUGCUGCUGAGCCCAGAGCUGCGAGGGAAGUGGGGCGGCCUUAAGCGGAAAGAAGGCGCGGCCCUGAGCCAAUGGGCAGGGCAGUGGGUCUAUUGGGGGCGUGGCCAAGUCGCGGGGCAGUGUUUAAACUGGCGGGGCGGGGCUUAACUUGGAAGGGCGCGGGAUCUGAAUGGAAAAGGGAUUUGUAAGGCGGGGAUCAGAGUCGGACCCCAUACACUGCGACCUGAACCUCGCCAUCGCUCCCGAUCUCCUACUUGGCACCGGUG